ACAGUUCCUAUUAAAUUUCUUUAUGAGGAUCUUCAAUUCAUAAAAGAUUUCCUCAGGGAUUACAAGGAGAAAUGCAACAAGGAUAAGGAAUUGAAGAUCUUAGUGACAUCUAUUAGAGAUGUGGCUUCCAAGGCAUUGGUUAACCUCGAUUUUUUUAUAGUCGUUAGCUUCAUGUACGAUGAUGAAGAAGUCCCUACACCAUUCCAUGAUGUCUUUGGUUAUUCCCAAAAGCUGAGAGAUAUGAUACUUGAGAUUAAGUCAAUUAAGAGAAAAGUGUUGGAGAAUUAUGACAAGAAGUCUUAUGGCACCACAGUACCACAGGCAAGUAGGUGUCAAUAA